UAGUGUGUGUGUGUGUGUGUGUGUGUGAGUGUGUCGUCAUCAUCUGUUUCUGCUGUGAACACACUCUUGUUCCUCUGCUGCUGUCAGUGUGUGUGUGUGUGUGUGUAUAUGUGUGUGUGUGUGUGUGUGUGUAGUGUGUGUGUGUGUGUGUGUGUGUGUGUGAGUGUGUCGUCAUCAUCUGUUUCUGCUGUGAACACGCUCUUGUUCCUCUGCUGCUGUCAGUGUGUGUGUGUGUGUGUGUAUAUGUGUGUGUGUGUGUGUGUGUGUAGUGUGUGUGUGUGUGUGUGUGUGUGUGUGUGAGUGUGUCGUCAUCAUCUGUUUCUGCUGUGAACACACUCUUGUUCCUCUGCUGCUGUCAGUGUGUGUGUGUGUGUGUGUAUAUGUGUGUGUGUGUGUGUGUGUGUGUGUGUGUGUGAGUGUGUCGUCAUCAUCUGUUUCUGCUGUGAACACACUCUUGUUCCUCUGCUGCUGUCAGUGUGUGUGUGUGUGUGUGUAUAUGUGUGUGUGUGUGUGUGUGUGUAGUGUGUGUGUGUGUGUGUGUGUGUGUGUGUGAGUGUGUCGUCAUCAUCUGUUUCUGCUGUGAACACGCUCUUGUUCCUCUGCUGCUGUCAGUGUGUGUGUGUGUGUAUGAGUGUGUGUGUGUGUGUGUGUGUGAGUGUGUCGUCAUCAUCUGUUUCUGCUGUGAACACACUCUUGUUCCUCUGCUGCUGUCAGUGUGUGUGUGUGUGUGUGUAUAUGUGUGUGUGUGUGUGUGUGUGUAGUGUGUGUGUGUGUGUGUGUGUGUGUGUGUGUGAGUGUGUCGUCAUCAUCUGUUUCUGCUGUGAACACGCUCUUGUUCCUCUGCUGCUGUCAGUGUGUGUGUGUGUGUAUGAGUGUGUGUGUGUGUGUGAGUGUGUCGUCAUCAUCUGUUUCUGCUGUGAACACGCUCUUGUUCCUCUGCUGCUGUCAGUGUGUGUGUGUGUGUGUAUGAGUGUGUGUGUGUGUGUGUGUGUGUGUGAGUGUGUCGUCAUCAUCUGUUUCUGCUGUGAACACGCUCUUGUUCCUCUGCUGCUGUCAGUGUGUGUGUGUGUGUAUGAGUGUGUGUGUGUGUGUGUGUGUGUGUGAGUGUGUCGUCAUCAUCUGUUUCUGCUGUGAACACACUCUUGUUCCUCUGCUGCUGUCAGAGUCUGUUGUCAGUCAGUACUGAGAGCUCAUUGAUGGUGAUGGAGUCAUUCAGACGCUCUCAGCUUGACCCGGUUCAGUCAGAUGAUUCGGGCUCGUUCGGGGUGAAGGUGCAGGUGCAGGGCAUCGCCGGCCGGCCAUAUGUGGUCCUGAACGCUCAGGGGACACGCGUGCCACGCUCUCCGGACUAUCCUGACGUCUUCCUGAUGGAGCAGCAGAGGCAGGAGUUUGUGUCCAGUAUGAGCGGUGGUGCUUCCAGUGCUCAAACUCCUCCACCGGAUCAUUAUAGAUCCCUGAGGACCUUCAGGAACCUGUCAGCAGCUCAGCUGCUGAACUACCAGAAGAACCCUGAGAUCCUCCGACCGUACGACCCCAGGAGCGGGACAGGUCUCUGGACGUGGCUGGUUCAGCAGCCCUUCCUCGCCCGUGAUGGUGAAGAGAGCCAGGAUCCCGCUGCCGGGAGCGGGAUUCGCAGGCCCGUCGGUGGAGAGCGUCCCCUGCCAGCCGUCUCAUAUCAUCUGCAGGCUGUCUGUCCCGGCCUCAGGUGGAGAGGUGGAGACGAACCACACCGGAUCCCCUCGGACCGGACGAGUUGCUCACCGGAGCAGAAUCACUCCUGAGGAAAAGAGGCGCUCCAGAAGCCUGGAGUCCAGAUUCACCGGCUCUGUUCCAGGGACUCCCGCUGUCGGAACGGAAGGCCCGGAUGUGAAGGCUGAGGUCACAGGGGUCGACUCAACAUCUGCAGGGGUGAGGUCAGAGGUCAAAGAAGAGACAGAGAGAACAGCUCAGGCCACUCCUGAUCUCCUGAAAGGACAGCGAGAGCUUCCGGAUCAGCCCGAUGAGGAAACCGCUAAACUGGUGAUGGUUAACUACCUCAAAGAUGGGUCCAGUGAGGGUGAAGCUGUUAUCAGGCGGCGGGUGGAGCUGAUGUUUGACCAGAUCAACACGCUGAAGUUUAGAGCGCUGGAGGAGUUUGAGUUUGCAGAUCCUCUGGAGGAGGUGAAUGAUCUCAGAGACAGAAGGGCGGCGCUAGAGAGCCACGUCUGUCACUUACAGCAGCAGCUGCAGGAAACACUGCAGAACCGCCAGAGUUUGCUUGAGGAGAAGGAGGAGAGAAACGCGGAGCUGGAGAGACUCCAGGAGGCGCUAGAGAGGAGCGAACAGGAGCAGGUGACGCUGCGACACAAGCUGACCGACAUGGAGAAAGAGCUGCAGACGUCACUCGACCAACUCCUGCAGGCCAGAAGGGCUCGUGAUCAGUGUCGCUCUGACAUGAGAGAUCUCCAGCAGCAGCUGUCUGACAUCCACGACGAGCUGGACAGCGCCAAGAGCUGCGAGGCCGGAGCGAGAGACGGGCUGCUGCAGGAUCUGUGCGUGCUGCAGGGCGAGUUCGAGGCGCUGCAGCGGGUGCAGGAGGAGCAGGAGGAGGCGUUACGCCGCAGGGAGAGGGAGCUGACGGCCCUGCGAGGAGCGCUGGAGGACGAGAUCUCUGCUCACGCCACAGACCUGCAGACACUGCAGGAGCAGCAGCAGCAGGAGAUUCACCGACUGCUGGAGGCCACCGACCAGGCCAAAGAGAGUGUGGCGCUGCUGGGACGGAAGGUUCUGGAGGUGGCGGAGGAGAAAGAAGCCAGUCAGACGCUGAUCUCAGACCUGACGCAGACUAAAGCAGAGCUCAUGCAGAAGACCGGCGCUCUGGAGGAGCAGAUCUCCUCUCUCAACCUCCUCAUCCAGCAGAAGGAGACGCAGGAGACGCAGCUCAGAGAACACGUGGAGCAGCUGAUGGUGGAGAAACAGAAUCUGGAGGAGGAGCUGCAGGAGGUCAGACAGCAGGAGGAGCACAUGUGUGGAGCCAACCGAGCGCUGACCAGACACCUGGAGGACACGCAGAGUGAGCUGAGCAGGUUGAAUCGAGCUCACCGUGAGCUGAAGGAGAGGUUUGAGGAGGAGAGCCGACAGAUGGAGGAGCUGCGGAGGAGACGCAGUGAGUUAGAGGAGGAGAGGAGGAGCCAGGAGCGAGUGUUUGAGCGGCUGCAGGAGGAGAUGAGUGCGGCGGUCGUGAACUCAGAGCAGGAGACGCAGCGGCUGCAGGAGGAGGUGGACGUGCUCAGAGAUCAGAGCCACAGAGAACUGGACACGCUACACACACAGCUGCACAACACACACACACAACUACACACACACACACACGCCGCACAGGAACACCAGAGAGAGCGGUGUGUGCUGGAGGAGAAACUCUCUCGCUGUGAGUUUGAUCUGAAUGAGGCAGAGCUGAAAUCUCAACAGCUGCAGAAGAGAAUUAAAGACCUGGAGGAGAAUCGACACACACACGACGACAGACACUACAAACUCAUGGAGGUGCGAGUGUGUGAGCUGGAGAGGAGUGUGAUGGAGGAGCGCAGCGGCUCAGACUCGCUCAUGAAGAGGCUGGAGAGAGGACGAGAGCAGAUGGAGCAGGUGAGAGCAGAACUGCUGCAGGAACGAGCCGCUCGACACGACCUGGAAUGUGACCGAAUCCGUCUGGAGCGACAGAAUAAGGAUCUGCGGAGCCGCGUGUCUCAGCUGGAGGGAUCUCAGCGCUCCGGGACGGACGCCGCCAUCUCCAAACUCCAGCUCCAGGUUCACGAGCUGGAGGAGAGGCUUCUGGGAGAGGAGAAAGAGAACGGAGAGCUGCAGCAGCUGAACCGCCGGCUGGAGCGCCGCAUGAAGGAGCUGACGCUGCACCUGGAGGAGGAGCGGCUGUCGCUGCAGGACCAGAGAGAUCAGCUGGCACUGCGUCUGAAAACACUGAAGCGUCAGCUGGAUGAGGCCGAGGAGGAGAUGGAGAGGCUGGAGAACAGCAAGAAGAAGCUGCAGAGAGACCUGGAGGAGCAGCAGGAGCUGAACGAGCAGCUGCACACCGAGCUCUGCGGCCUCAGGCGCAACAACAGACCCAAUAAACUACAGCCUACAGCUGAUGAUGAAGAUGAUGAUGAAGAUGAGACUGACGCAACACUAGACACACAAUAACCUCUGAACAUGUAACUCAUCACAACUACAGUAAACCAGCUGUCACUCAGAAUCAGGUUAAUUCAUGAGUUCACUCUCACUCCUCAUCAUGUGUGUUUGAUCAGAAAUCACUGUAAGAUAAAUAUGGUUCAUAUGUUUUAAUAAAGCAGAUAUCAAACUAC